AUGCUUCCAUUAUAUUUAUUGACUGCAGCCAAGAAUAAACCGGUACUAAUUGAAUUGAAAACGGGAGAAACAUAUCAAGGAGACUUGGUCAACCUUGAUCCCUGGAUGAACCUCACUUUGAGCAAUGUGAUCCAUACCAAUACCGGAGCCGAUGAGUUCAGUAAAGAAACCGAAGUAUAUAUUCGUGGGAUGCACAUCAAGUACUUGCGUAUCCCUGAUGAGAUUAUGGACUAUGCCAAGGAGCAGAAUUUGUUGAAUAUGGAACAACGGAACAAGAAUGUUAAACGAAGAGGCGGAGACCGUAAUCAAAGCGGUGGCGGUGGCAGAGAUCAUAGACGCGGUGGAAGGGGCGGUAACCGUCGUUUCCAAGGAGACAGGCAUUACAACAACAACCAUCACUACCAACAACGUGAUAAUGAAUAG